GGGAAGGAGGGAGUCUGCUCCUCAGUAGUUCCUCCUCUCCUCUGACUCCUGCAGCUCGUCUCUGUCCUCCUGCCUCGUGGAUCUCCACCAGGUCGUGUCAGCCAUGUUGGCGUUGUGUCUGAGGCUGCUGUGGCUCCUCCCCCUGGCCUUCUGCGUCCCCUCCCCCUCCAGACCCCCCUCCAGACACUGCAGGCGGUGCUGCGACCACACGGAGCCGCCCGCCGCCACGGGUCAACACCAGAUACCGGAGGUCCGCACCGUCAUCAACAUGACCAUCCUCAAAGGGGACAAAGGAGACCGAGGGGACAAGGGAACGCCCGGCAAACCCGGCUUAGAGGGCCCCCCCGGCCUCAGAGGACCCGCAGGUACCAAAGGCACCAAAGGCCAGGCCGGUUCCCCCGGAGACGCCUGCAAGACCCCCCGCUCCUCCUUCUCGGUGGGCCGGCGCAAGGCUCUGCACAGCGUGGACUACUACACGGCGCUGGUGUUCGACACGGAGUUCGUCAACGCCGACGAGCACUUCAACAUGUUCAAGGGCAAGUUCUACUGCUACGUGCCGGGGGUCUACUUCUUCAACGUCAACAUCCACACCUGGAACUUCAAGGAGACCUACCUGCACCUGAUGCACAACGACAGGGAGCAGGUGAUCCUCUACGCGCAGCCCAGCGAGAGGUCCAUCAUGCAGAGCCAGAGCGUGAUGAUGCAGCUGGCGCUGGGCGACGAGGUGUGGGUCCGCCUCUACAAGCGGGAGCGGGAGAACGCCGUGUACAGCGACGACGUGGACGUCUACAUCACCUUCAACGGGUACCUGGUGGCCCCCGCCGGCCCCUGAGCACCCGCCCGAGGGAGGGGGGGGGGGGGGGUUACGUUUGUUCCUCAGGACAAAGGACGUUGUUAUGCAACAUGUCAUGUGACUGUAAACCUUUAAAAAAGUGCUUUUUCCCCAAAUCAAGGUUUUGAUGAUUUACGCUGACGUGUUGAUGUAAAUAUCUGUCUUUACAUUCUGUGUUUUUACAUUUAUUUGCUCUGCUGCAUUGGGCAAUAAAAAAAAGAGACUCGAUUAUGAAGAAAAUUGUAUUGUUUAAACCUGGCUGUGAUAUUUAAGAUUUGACCCCAAAAAGCCUCCAACCGUGUAGGAUGAACAAACCCAGCUCCUCCUGCUCCUCCGGGUCUCCCUGUGAGCCUGGAGGCCGUCCUCCUCAGGGAGGAGAUCUAGAGGAGAAGAUCUGAAGCUUCAGAGCAAAGCGGUUUGUUAUAUAUAUAUAUUCAUAUGUAUAAUGUGACGCGUGACCCGUUGUUUUUAAAAUUAAUUUAUUAUACUUUGUCAUGGUCAUUACUUCGUUCAUGGUUAACAUACAGCCGUCAUGUCGAGUUUUUAUUCAUUUCCAU